AUGGAGAAGAUUACUGAGAAGAUCGCGGCAUUGCCGCCGGACUCAAAUUACUUCUCCCUGGAAUUUUUCCCUCCGAAAACCAGGAUGGGGUUUGCUAACCUUUCUGCUCGUCUAGAGCGUAUGGCCCAGGCUCUGCGUCCUCUAUUCGUCACCGUAACCUGGGGUGCAGGCGGAAGUACAGCUGCCCGUUCCCUAGAGCUCGCAGAGGUCUGUCAGCGACAGCUACAGUUGACCACAGUUCUACACCUGACUUGUACAAACAUGAGUCGGGCUUUGGUUGAUAUGGCUCUGGAGGAGGCCAAGGUACUCGGCAUUCGCAAUAUCCUGGCACUGCGCGGAGAUCCACCCCGCAGCGAAGAAUACAACAUACAUGGAGAGGAUGAUAGUAACAAGGAUUUCAAUUUUGCUGUGGAUCUUGUUCAAUAUAUCCGCAAGACACACGGUGAUUACUUCUGUCUUGGUGUCGCUGCAUACCCGGAAGGUCACCCGGCCGAUUCCUUCCAGGAUGUACAGGAUCCCAAGCGUGACUUGCCCUACCUGGUUGAGAAGACCCUUGCUGGGGCAGACUUUAUCAUGACACAGCUCACAUAUGAUGUGGAAGCCUAUCAAAAGUUUGAGGAUAUGCUUCGCAACCAUGAGUCUGGUGUCUUCAAGACUAUUCCUAUUAUCCCGGGUUUGAUGCCUAUCCAGAGUUACAAGAACCUGACUCGGGUCACAAAGCUGAGCCAUGUGCAUAUUCCCGAUGCGAUUGCCAAGCGCGUGGAAGAGGUAAAAUAUGACGAUGAUGCGGUCAAGAGGGUAGGUGUGGAUAUUGUUAGUGAAGUAGUUGGUGGUAUCAAAGAGCUCAAGUCCCCCUGUCCACGCGGAUUCCACUUUUACACUCUCAACUUGGAAAAGACCGUUUCGUUCAUUUUGGAGCGAGCUGACUUGAUUCCCCCUUCCACUGAAAUGGGCGAUGAGUCUGCUGUUGGGGAUAUCGAUGGUCACCUCUCAUUGGACAAUGUUCCCACUCGUUCCCUAGCGAGACGUCGAGCCUCUUCUAUCAACUCGCAACCACACAACCGCGUCAUUGUGGAUAAACUGUCUGCAGAGUCAUCACAUAACUCUGUGCAUGAGGCUACGGCUGGCAGUGCUGGCCUACCCGCAAUGCCCCCUGGUCGCGGUACAACCCUACAAAUUUCAGAGGGUCUGGGUGCUCUCGGCCGCGAGGCUACUUGGGAUGAUUUCCCCAACGGUCGAUGGGGUGAUGCGCGUUCGCCUGCAUUUGGUGAGAUUGAUGGAUACGGUCCAUCGUUGCAUGUCACUUCUGUGGUUGCCCGUAAACUCUGGGGCCACCCAGUGGAUCACUCUGAUAUCAACACUCUCUUCCGGCGACAUGUUUCCGGAGAGCUAUACAUGAUCCCUUGGUCGGAAGGUGGAGCUGAAGAGGGCAGCGCUGGACUAAAUCCUGAGACGGAAUUGAUUCGACCGGAACUGCUCAAGCUUAUCGAUGGCCGUGGCUGGUGGACUUUGGCCUCGCAGCCAGCCGCUAACGGCGUUCGCAGCGACGAUCCCAUCUUUGGUUGGGGCCCUCAGAGGGAGGGCUUCGUUUUCCAGAAGCCCUUCGUUGAAUUCUUCUGUCCCAAUAAGGACUUCACAACCAUCCUCAAGCCAUUGUUCGAGAAGCACGGCCACGAAAAACUGACUUGGUUCGCAACCAAUGGCAAGGGAGAGUUUGAGUCUUCACUCCCCGUUAGCUCAGACGAUGUUGACCCUGAAGAACUCAACCCUGAGGGAGGCGCCAAUGCCGUGACCUGGGGUGUAUUCCGAGGCAAGGAAAUUCUCACACCAACCAUCAUCGAGGAAGUGAGCUUCCGCGCCUGGGGUGAGGAGGCUUUCCGUAUUUGGGAUGAAUGGCGCCGCAUCUAUCACCGUGGCUCUGCCACAGAAAGAUUCCUCGAUUCCUCCAAGGACGACUCCUGGCUUGUUUGUGUAGUUGGACAGCAGUUUGGUGCUGGUACCGAGCAUGGCUCAAAGGAGGAAGAGGAUGAAGUCAAGUGGAUGUGGCGGGCUUUGGCAGGCGAAAUCCAGUAG